CGUGCAUAUUUACACUGUUCUCGGGUAUCUCCUUCACUCAACCGUGCCCUAAAUCAAUAUCAGCGGAUUUUCGAGGGCGUAAACUUGAGUGAGGCAGAAGGCAUGCUUUUUUCUCAUCAAACAAUUCAGUGAAUUCUCAGAGUGGGAAAGAAAUAUGUACAAGGAAACACAGGGAUAUGGAGCCUCCAGCUGCUAACACAGUCCUCUGGAUUGCAAUCUGUGUGGGCUGUAGGAAUAGCACAUGGAAGAGGGGGAAAGAAGCAAGAUUCCUUACUCUUCCACCCACCCACUCCUGGAAUCCAACAUGUGGCUCUGGACUCUUGGCUAAAUGAACUCCGAUGAGCAUUACCUACUUUUCUGAUGAGGCCUCUUGCCUGCCUGCAGGGCAGUCGACUAAAUUUGCAGUUUGGCAUCAUCACCCUCUGUCUCGUGGCAGGGUGGGCUUUCCUGGCCCAGGGAGAAGAAGUGUCAUUACGAGUAUCCCAACCCAGUGUGAACACCACCGUUGGGCAGAACGUUUUGCUGUCGGUUGCGUAUGCCUGUGAGAGGCCCCCGGUCAUCGAGUGGAAACACACAUCACCCAGGGGCACCACAAAGGUUGCGGAGUGGAAGCCAGCAAGUUACACCAACAUAUCCAGCAGUUACGAAGACCGAGUGAACGUUUAUGAAAAUGGCUCUCUUCAGCUCCUGAAGGUGGAUCUGAGAGAUUCUGGUUAUUAUUUAGUCACAGUGAGGGAUGAGUUCGGGAUCACCUUCUACGGCACCAUCCUAUUGAAUGUUUAUGAGAUUCUCUAUGAAGACUUGCACUUCGUAGCUGUCUUUUUUGCCUUUCUCACAGCUGUGUCCGGCCUUCUAGUCUGCCUUAUGUGGUUAUGCAAUAAAUCUGUUCACCUGCUUCAGAUGGAGAGGAGUCAACUCAAAGCCAGCGAAACUGAAGAGACUGAGCUGCAAGUGAUGGGCUGUUAGCGAAGGACUAUUUAAGCACAGACCAGGUUCUUUCACUUAAGAAGAAAGAAAAGCUUUUGUACUUUUCUUUUGUGGCCUGAUUGAUGGAAAAGAAAGUGACCUGUGGAAGCCGGAGAGAUGCUGUCAUUUCAGUCCCAUAACUUACAGUGGACAUGUUCCAGGAGGGUUUCUGUUAUUUCACCUGCACCAUCUUCAGACACUUGACCCGCCACUGGUAAUGUCAGGAUGACAUGGCUGAGGACUUAAAGGUGCUAAAGAUUACCCACAAUAGCCCUGAAUGCACGUAGGAAGAAGACUGAAUUGUUUUAAAAUGCUGCAACUGUUUAUUAACAUAUCAAAAUUUAAAAAUACAUUAAAAAGACAAAGGCAACUGGUGGUAAUGUCUUCCCCCCCCCCAUCAAAGUCACUGGUAUUUUGUUUGAUGCAAGAAUUUGGAAUAAUAAUCUAGAAGUUCCCCCACUAAUUUUUCGAUGCCAGACCAGGAAAAAAUAAAGUAGGACUGCUGUACCUGUGGGACCAGUACCUCCUGUUUCAGUUAUGCACUGAUGGAAAUUAAAU